ACGGGGCAGGGCGCGCCGCGCGGCCGCCGCCACACCAUGCUCAAGCGCUGCGGCCGGCGCCUGCUGCUGGCGCUGGCUGGCGCGCUGCUCGCCUGCCUGCUAGUGCUCACUGCGGAUCCGCCGCCGCCCCCGCUGCCCGCCGAGCGAGGCCGGCGCGCGCUGCGCAGCCUGGCGGGCCCCGCAGGGGCUGUCCCGGCGCCUGGGCUGGGGGCGGCGGCGGCGGCGCCCGGGGCGCUGGCCCGCGAGGUGCACAGUCUGUCCGAGUACUUCAGCCUGCUCACUCGCGCGCGCAGAGACGCGGGCCCGCCCCCCGGGGCCUCCCCCCGCCCCGCCGACAGCCACCCGCGUCCCCUGGCCGAGCCGCUCGCGCCCCGAGACGUCUUCAUCGCUGUCAAGACCACCAAAAAGUUCCACCGCGCGCGCCUCGACCUGCUGCUGGAGACCUGGAUCUCGCGCCACAAGGAGAUGACAUUCAUCUUCACUGACGGGGAAGAUGAGGCCCUGGCCAGGCACACGGGCAAUGUGGUCAUCACGAACUGCUCGGCUGCCCACAGCCGCCAGGCGCUGUCCUGCAAGAUGGCCGUGGAGUAUGACCACUUCAUCGAGUCCGGCAGGAAGUGGUUCUGCCACGUGGACGAUGACAACUACGUCAACCUGCGGGCCCUGCUGCGGCUGCUGGCCAGCUACCCGCACACGCGGGACAUCUACAUCGGCAAGCCCAGCCUGGACAGGCCCAUCCAGGCCACGGAACGGGUCAGCGAGAACAAGGUGCGUCCUGUCCACUUCUGGUUUGCCACGGGCGGCGCUGGCUUCUGCAUCAGUCGUGGGCUGGCUCUGAAGAUGAGCCCGUGGGCCAGCGGGGGUCACUUCAUGAACACUGCCGAGCGGAUCCGGCUGCCUGAUGACUGCACCAUUGGCUACAUCGUGGAGGCCCUGCUGGGCGUGCCGCUCAUCCGCAGCGGCCUCUUCCACUCCCACCUGGAGAACCUGCAGCAGGUGCUCACCUCAGAGCUCCACGAGCAGGUGACACUGAGCUACGGUAUGUUUGAAAACAAGCGGAAUGCCGUCCACGUGAAGGGGCCUUUCUCAGUGGAGGCCGACCCAUCCAGGUUCCGCUCCAUCCACUGCCACCUGUACCCGGACACACCCUGGUGUCCCCAAACUGCCAUCUUCUAGCAGCCAUGGCUGAGACCCAACCCCUGGGUGCCCCUGGUAUCCAAAGGGCCCAGUGACCCUGUUGCGCUGCCCUGGCCUCGGCAUUCGAGGCUCCCCCAGGGCCGUGCCUGUGCGUGUGCGUGUGCAUGUGUGUGUGUGUGUAUGCGUGUGUGUGUGUACUGUAUGCCCACCCAGGUAGCAGGCUGCUGGGCAGUUCUGCUCUGUGGAGGGGCGGGCACAAGUGCCACUUAUGUGCCUCUGCUCCGAGAGCCAGUGGGCUGCAAGGCCUGCUUGGAGGGAGGAUUUGUGUGUUGGAGGCCACUCUGAUGAUUUUUGGAUCUUUUUUUUUUUGAGACGGAGUCUCGCUCUGUUGCCCAGGCUGGAGUGCAGUGGCCGGAUCUCAGCUCACUGCAAGCUCCGCCUCCUGGGUUCCCGCCAUUCUCCUGCCUCAGCCUCCUGAGUAGCUGGGACUACAGGCGCCGCCACCUCGCCCGGCUAGUUUUUGGUAUUUUUUUAGUAGAGACGGGGUUUCACCGUGUUAGCCAGGAUGGUCUUGAUCUCCUGAUCUCGUGAUCUGCCCAUCUUGGCCUCCCAAAGUGCUGGGAUUACAGGCUUGAGCCAGCACACCCUACCGAUUUUUGGAUCUUUCUGCAGCUGCAGGGCUCCGGGCUACUUUGCAGGGAUGCGUAGAUGCCUUUCUCUUUCUGCCGAGCACAAGCUCUGUGCUGGGGGUACCUGCACCCUGAAAUCCUGACUCCUGUGUCAUAGCCCCAAGUCCAACUCACUGAGCCGUGUUCAUUGCAGGGGAGGCUGGGUCUGGGGGUGCAUGACCCAAUCCCCUUCCUUCUGGCCUGGGCACUGUGGCUUAGAGUAACAGUAGCCACCGCCCAGUUCCAGUGGCCCCACAAAGCCCCCAGUGGCCCCACAAAGCCCCCAGUGGCUGGCUGUCCAAACAGUGGCUCCCCUUCCAGCUCUUCUGGGUGGGGAGUCUUCCAGGCCCCCUCAGAGGUCUUCCCUUUGCCUCCCCAGGACAGGGUGAGUCAGAGCUCAACAUUUAAUCUCCUCUCCAAAGUAGAGAGCAAGUCGCCCACAGUGGGCGUGUCUGUAAAUAUUGUGACAGUAUUUUUUUACUGUGCUGUUUUUUUGAAAGGGGGUGGGUAAAAAGUAGGGUGUUCUUGUUUUUUUGCUUGGGGGAUGGGGGUGGGGGAGGGUCUUAUUUUAUCUUAUCUUUUCUGUGGAUCAGAAAAAACGGAAGCCAAACUCGGGGUCAUCUUUGUUGUUGAAGCUGAAGUGGGACUAUCUGGCACUCUGUGUAUUUAUGCGUUCCAGCAUCUGGAACCUCCCAUCCCUGCCCUCCCCCUGCGUAGCUGCCACCUCCCUGCGGGGCCCAGUGUGGCUCACCUGCCCCGUGGGGUGUGUUUCUUGUCGUUUUUCUCUUUGCAAAGACAUAGCUAGGAAAGCGAAUGAUAAGGGAAAAGUUCUCAGGGAAUUUAAGUGUUGUUGCUAUGGUGACGUCCUUUUGCUGUGAAUAAAGGUGCUCUUUGCAGCAA